CCAGUGUCCUUUUGGUGCGCGUGAGCUUCACUCGACUCUUAAUGUAAUAUUUUGUCGAUAAAUAUUUAAUAAUUCGUACAGCACUAUUAUAAUCCAACAAAAACUGGCUUGCAUUGGUGAAUGAUGAUAGUGAAAUGUGAACUUUUAUUUUUAUAUUUUAAUGCUGUUUUUAUCAAGAAGGAAUUCUAUAUUAAUGUCUCUUAUUAGAAUCGCCGAAGUAUCCCGCUUCGCGGUGUGGGUGUGCGUGUUGGCGUGGUGCGCGGGCGCGAGCGGCGCGCCGGCGCAGCUGUGCGCGGCGGCGGCGGAGGACGACCCCCGCGCCGCGCGCUUCUGCCAGGCGCUCAACACCUUCCUGGAGCUGUACGCGGAGGCCGCGGGCGAACAGGUGCCCGAGUAUCAAGCCCUGGUCCGCGACUACCCACAACUGCUCGACUCCGGCAUGAAGCGGCAGGACGUCGUGCACUCGUUCCUCCGCUUCGGCCGCAGACGCUGACAAGUCACGCACCCGCUGCGAGCCCGCACAUAAACCAUAAACAACCGAAACGCAGCGAUACGGCACGAUCAUAACAUAUAACCCGAUUUAUUUAUUUGUCCAAAACAUUAUGUAAGGUAGUUGUCGAUUAUCCGAUCCCCACGUCAUUCGCAAUGUAAACGUCGAACAGAGCGGACGUCUCUCUCCUUGUAGAAUAAAUAAAUGUACUUAUUGUUUCAAGUAUUAUUAUAGUUGUAAGUGUAUUGUUGUCGCGAUUCGUUUGAUAUGCAAUAUAUUCAAUAUAGUGAUGUUUUAAAUAAAUACAUAUUUGUGAA